GCUCGGUAGUCUGUGAUAAAUAUUUAAAUAUAUUAUUAUUUUGACAUCUAUUUGUUUUGCUAAUUUUUAUUCCAACUGAAAUAAAUUAAAAAAUGACUAGUGAAUCGGAGAAACUUCAUUGUUUUAAGGUAGAAAAUAAGUUUAUUGUUAAAAGUGGCUGUAAAAAGCGUAUGUGGAGAUCAUUAAAACAAAUAUUAGCAGCUGAUAGAGCUUUACCAUGGCCCAAUGAUGCUGUUUUAUAUUAUUCAAUAAAUGCACCACCUUCGUUUAAGCCUACAAAGAAAUAUUCAGACAUAUCUGGGCUACCAGCACCUUAUGUUGACCGCCACUCAAAGCUAUAUUAUAGUAAUGCAGAUGAAUUUGCUACAGUGAGAAGUCUACCCAUGGAUAUAACAGCAGGAUAUCUACAAUUAAGAGGAGCUACAACUAUUGUUGGAUAGUAAUCAUUGUAAACCAAUUAAAUAAUUCUUAAGAAAAUCUUAUAACAUAGAAUGUAAUGUUACUACUUCAUGAAAGAUAAAUAUUCUGUACCAAUUCUUUUGUCCCCAAAUAUCUAAAGUUAACUGAAUUGACACCAUUUAUUUUUGAGAUUAAGAGAUUAUGUUUAGAAAUCUCUAAAACAAAUAAAGUUUUCUACAGGCAACAAUGUUAUUAUUGGACCUGCCAAUUCAGUAGAAAUUAAUUAAAUUAAAUAUUCAUUGUAAGUAAAAUGUAUUACAGUCUGAAAUAUUUUGCAUUUUUGUGUUGCAUAAUGAUGACAACAAUAUUAGAGGAAUUUAAUUACCUACCUAUUAAGAAGUUUUAAUAUUCAAAAUGUUUUCUUUGCAAGUAACUGUGAAAUAAUGAUUUGUUAAUAAGAACUUUUGAAUGUCAAGUCAGUCUGUAGUGACUCUACCACCGGUUUUGAAAGGCACAUUCUACCAAGAAGAAACCGCAAGAAACUGCAGAUUGAUGUUUAUGAAAAGAGACAAGUUUCAUAUAUAUUAUAUUAAUAUGUUUGACGGCUGUGUGGCGUAGUGGGCA